AUGUCUUCGGUCCUUCUCGUUGCUGCGAUCUUUUCUCUCAUUUCUCUGCACUCUGCUGACCGAGACCCAACUCUGGAAUUUGUACAGAUUGUGAGUUUUUAGUGGAAAGUAACUAAACGAAAUUAAAAAGAAGAAAACUUCAUAUUGGUCUCAGUUUAAAUCAACACUUCUAAGUUUGGCUAAGUCACAUUUUGAACUCUUCCAAACGAAAAGUCUGCUUAUUAUUAAGAAAGCGGUACCUAGUGCCCUUCAGAAUACAGAAUUUCGGGAAAACGGAGACUAUUCAUAUUUAACGAAGAUUUCGGUCUCAAAAUUGAAGUUUUCCGUUACUUUUUCUCACUAACAGCUCUAUGAGGCUAAUGGAUGAUUAAUGAAAUUAUGCUUUUAAACUGCAAAUAAUUGCGAAAUCUUAAACAAAAGCGAAAUCUUGAGUUCUUUGUACAAAUAUUAUGAUUUUCGGCAUGAACUGAUUUGAAUAUGUUGCAGUGGUUUCGUCAUGGCGAACGUUUGCCGACGCAUUAUUUGAGGCUACAAAAUGAAAGUUUUGACUUUCUCGAUUUGGCAUAUCCUGGAGAGUUAACAAAUGUUAUUGAACCUUGUUUUUUGAAAACUUGUUAUAAAUUCAGAGAGGCCUACAACAAGAAUAUCACUUGGGUCAAGUACUACGAAAGUUUUAUGGAGAUCAUUUUGGUGAAUAUUAUCGUCCAGCUGAGGUUUUUUUUUAUCAUUAAAGCGGGUUGAAAAUGUAUUUACUAUUCAGAUUUGUGAGAACUUUAUAAAAAAUUUUUGGACUUGAAAAGGUUUUCAGAUAUUUGUCUAUACUGGAAAAGACAACAGAACUUCGACAUCCGCCCAAGCGUUGUUCGCCGGUUUUUUUCCUCCAAAUGAAGCUCAGAAAUGGAGUUCUGACCUUUUGUGGCAGCCGAUCGCCCAACACACGGAUGAAUCGAUAGAUUGGGUGAGUGGCUUUGAACAAAACAUUAAUGUGAAGGAACAACUCUUAGUUGAAGAUUUUUUAUUAAGAGGGAAUCAUUAAGGACACACAGCUGAAUUGAAUGACAUAUUUUCCAGGUUUCCAUUGGUGUACAAGAGGAUUGCCCGUCUUACAAUGAGUGGUUCACCGGAAAUCAAGAAUAUCGGGAAAUCUCGAAAAAGAUCGAAACUCUGUACCCUGAUAUGGUUCAACUUCUUCGUGAAAAGACGGGUCGUCAGCUUGAUACCCCACUUGCGAUCAACAGAAUCUUUGAUUCCCUCAAAUGUCGUGUGAGUUUCAAGUUUUCACUUUGAGAUGAUCUGUGGAAACCUUCUACUAGGAAUUCGUAAUUGAAACAUUGAACACAACUUUUGUUUCAAAGCGGAAUAUGCUCUCAAUGAUCGGGUUUAGGAAUUGCAGAAAUGCAGUUCGAGGUUUUUAGAUCCCGAAUUACAAAAGAUUUUCAAAUAUUUUUUCACUGUUUUGUCACUUGUCAAGAUUCAAGUUUGAACGCUAUCAUUGUGGUAAGGGAAGUCGAUUAAAGCGGUCAAACUCGACUGUACGGCAAAAGUAAGCAGAACAUUUUGAUAAAGUGGAAGAUUUCAAAAUGAACUUGCUUGAAUUUCAGUAAAAAUUUUUGACAGACCAAUAUAAGAAAAAAACUUCAAAAAUUUUUUUCCAAAAAUUAGAGCUUUCAGUGGCUACUCAAUGACCCGAGACUACCAGUACCAGAUUGGGCAGAAAAAUACAUUCCUCAAGUGCUCACUGCCAGUUUCAUGCUUCACAACGACGUACUCAACAUGCAAAAUUCUACUAUUGGAGGUAAUUUCCAAUAGCCGAAUUUUUCUAGGCUCUUGCUUUUCUAUGUGCAAGGGUCACGGUUAUAAAAUAUGACAUCCUAUAAUGGUUUACUUCAAAUUAUUUCAGAGUAUCACAACGAAGUCAUCCUGUCUUUGAUGGAAGAUCAUAUGAAUCGUAAAAACUUCAAGGGAGCUUUCAUUUCGGGGGUAAAUAUUCCGAAAAACAACUCGAACACCCAAAAGUUAUAGCAUGACACAAAUAUAGUGAUGUUAUGGAAGUCACUGUCUCUGGGAGCACAUCCUGAUGAAAUUCCCAGUUAUGGAUCUCAUCUCGCCGUUGAACUUCAUAAACAAAAUGGUAGAAGAGUCGUCAAGGUCAGCCAUUUAUUUUUUAUUUUCAAAUCAGACGCCUUGAUUUUUAGUUUUGGCUCUCAAUGGCAGCUGCAGAAAAUCGCACUCAACUCACGACCCCGAUGUGUGGAGAGCCGUGUUUCCUGGAAAACUUACAAGAAAUCACAAAGGUUCGCCGAAUGAAAAAAGUUUACACUAGAUUUCGGCGUAGUUUGAAGCUAUUUUCCCGUUUAAUUCAGCCACGGAGGGAUAUUGUGUCAAAUAACUGAAAAAAAAAACGUUGAAGCUAUAAAAAAUAAAGAAAAGUUUGGGGUGGCUUUUUAACUAUGUGAAUUGGAAUAACGCCAUUUAACAAAAAAAAUGCUCUUUUCUCUGCAGCCGAUUCUUAAGUGAGAACCUUUAUAUGUUUAUAAUUCAUGUAUCCAACAACAAAAAAACUUUCCAUAGUAAAGAUAUUCUGCAAUAUGACAAAAAACCGAAAUUUUUGAAAUGUUUCCUAGGAGCUCUUAAAUUAUAUGGAGGGUGUAGAAUUUCGAGCAACUGUAGGAAAGAUUUUCAGGGAGUCAGAAAGCUGAAAACUGAUUGGUACGCUCAAUGCAAAGGCAUGGAGAACUUGACAUCAUCCCCCACUUCAAUGGUCACAGGUAUGAAUCUUUGAAAGUCGGUCACAACUUGAAGUUUUUUCUCAAUUUUGAAUAUUAUAAGCCGCUUGCUACUAUACCCUUUGUUCAACAUUUCGAAAGAAUUCGUUAACAUUCAAAAAAAGAAUAAAAGUAGUUUUAAUGUUUCAGUUAUCAUGAUCAUCGUCACGGCGAUUCUUUUGCUGCUCACCCUGAUUCUUGGAUGCACAACGUUGUCCUACAGAAAGCAACUCAAAAGUCUCACAGAUCCCGAACGAUCACGUCUUCUGCCUUACGUCAAUUGA